AUGCAACAUCAUGGCGACGAUUUCCGCGGACAUCGUCGGGGAAGAACAAAGAAAGGACCAAGAUCGUCAGCGCUCCUUCUGAUAGUUCUGGAUAUAUUUUUGCUACUCUGCAAGUUUAAACAACGCAAGAUAAAAGUACAGAAACAAAAGUACUUCAAGCAAAAUCGUGGACAAUUGUUGCAACAGUUGUUGUCCCAAAAGGCAGACAUUGCAGAAAGGAUGAUAAUACCAUUGGAUGAGCUUACAAAGGCCACAAACAAUUUCGACAAAGCUCGUGAGCUUCGUGGUGGAGGGCAUGGUACCGUUUACAAAGGAAUCUUAUCGGACUUACAUGUUGUAGCCAUCAAGAAGUCAAAUAUUACAGUCCAAAAAGAAAUAGACGAGUUCAUAAAUGAGGUGGCAAUCCUCUCACAGAUCAACCAUAAGAAUGUGGUCAAACUCUUUGGAUGUUGCCUAGAGACUGAGGUGCCAUUGUUGGUUUAUGAGUUUAUCUCCAAUGGAACACUUUAUGACCAUCUCCAUGUUGAAGAACCGAGGUCCCUGACAUGGGAUAGUAGGUUGAGGAUUGCAACUGAGAUAGCUACUUCUCUUGUCUAUCUUCACUCAUCGGUGUCAAUCCCAAUAAUCCAUAGAGACAUUAAGUCCAGCAACAAACUUCUUGAUGAUACAAUGACAUCAAAGAUAUCGGACUUUGGAGCUUCAAGGUACAUCCCGGUUGACAAAACUGGGUUGACAACAAGGGUUCAGGGAACAAUAGGAUACUUGGAUCCUAUGUACUUUUACACCAGCCGCCUCACCGAUAAAAGUGAUGUCUACAGUUUUGGUGUAAUUCUUGUGGAGUUGCUCACUAGGAAGAAACCAUUUUCGUAUUUGUCCGCUGAAGGCGAUGGCCUUGUUUCCCAUUUUGUUAACCUACUUUCCGAGGGAAAUCUUGUCCAGAUAAUAGAUCCACAAGUUAUGGAGGGAGGCACAGAAGUCCAAGAAGUUGCUACACUUGCAGCAUCAUGUAUAAAUUUAAGAGGUGAGGAAAGGCCAACGAUGCGACUGGUGGAACAUAUACUGCAUGGGCUUCAGGUCCCAAGAGGUAUAACAAAGAUGGUAUCCUAG